AUGGCUGCGCUCGAUGCGCGAACGGAAAUCCCCCACUUGUUGGUAGAGCUCCGCAGCCUAGGCUACAUUGAGAUCUGUGGCAAAGACAUGGGUGGCAUCUAUCAACGACUGGAGGAUUGGAUGGGGGAGCAGUGGGGGUGCGAGUUUCUGAGCACGGAAGUGCGUGUUGUUGCAAACAGGGAAGACAGGGACAACGACCUUGGCUUAUCUGGCUCCUACUCUACUGGCAUGGUCAAUCGCGUUGGGCCGGUGGCAGAGUGGAAUCGCCUUUGUGACGCGAGCUUCGACUGGCCUCCCAACGAGCUCGUAUGUCGGUGCAUGCCGAUGAAUAUCGUGACGGUCUUUAAGCUGCGCGGAAAGGAAGGUGAGAACAACAUGGGGAAGCUCACGAUGGAACUGGUGAACUUCAUGACGCAAACGUGUGGUUGGGGGCUUCAUCUGUGCAAUGGGACUAACCUCGGCUUCUACGGUCAGAUCCGCGAGCAGCAAGUUAUUUUCAAGGCGCCCCACCCACUGAAUCUGACUGCCCCACACCUCAUGAUCGAGUUGCGGCAGGCAGGCUAUGUGGAGGUCAACGGCGUUGACAGCAAUGGUAUCUUCGACAAGCUCACCGAGUGGCUGGUACAAACUUGGAAAGCACAGAGGCUUCAGGCAGACCCGGUCUAUUGCGCUCUCAAGUUUCGCUGUGAUGUUUUCAAGACUCGCGGCCGUGAAGGCGAAAACAACAUGGGCAUGAAAACCAUGGAGAUUGUCGACUUUAUGGUGCAGCAGUGCGCCUGGACCAUGAUCACCUGCAACGGCGGAAACUUCGGCAGGUAUGGAAGCAUCCGCGAACAGCAAAUGGUCUUCCGCGACGACGGGCAUGUGCAGCAUGGUGAAGACCACAUCAUGGUCGAGCUCAGGGACAUCGGCUAUGUGGAGGUGAAUGGCCUUUCCAGCUCCCGUGACAUCGAGCCUUUCGUCUCACAGUUCUUGCUGGGCAGCUGGCAGUGUCAAGACUACACGCCUCAAUUCUACGAGCAGACAAAGUUCUGCGAUCGCAAGUUUGUCACUCCACAGAAUCUCUACUACAAGCAGGGUUUGACCAACAACAUCGGCAAGCUGACCAUCGAAUUGUCUAUAGCCCUAGCUUCGCAAGGGUGGCUGCUGAUGCUUUGUAACGGUGGCCACAUCUCCAGCAUCAGGGACCCUUCCAACAGCUACUCUAUGGGUGUUCCUAUUCAGAGAAAGAUGGUCGACCAGGAAAUCCAAGGCGGCAUCAAGCGGGAGCAGCAGAUCAAGUUCACGCGAGCGCCAGACCGCACAAUUGCAGCCGAGCCGCUGCUGAUGAUCGAGCUCCGAUCCGUUCCGAGAUCUCCACCCGAGAGCAUCAAUACGAUGAAUUGUGAAAUCAUAGAUCCCUUCAAGGAGAACGCAGGUAGGCAAAGGCAGACAGCUAUUGCGCUGCGUGACUGGAUUGUCUCGGCGGACUACGAGGGCUUCAUUGAGGUGAAUGGUUUCAACACCAAUGGUGUUUAUCAGAAGCUGCAAGAGUUCAUCGAGCGAUUCCUGAAGGGAAGAAUGCUCGGGCCACAGUCCUACUGCGACUGCCUCUUCAGUUGCCGGGCUUUCCGUCAGAAGAUGUCUCCCCAUGGCGAGUACUGGGAUGGUUUCUACUGUGGGGAGAACAACUUCGGCAAGUACACCAUGCGUUUGAUCGAUUUCUUGGUGGACCACCUUGGUGAAUGGGACCUUAUCGUUUGCAAUGGCAAUGCAGCUGAGCGUGCGUGGCGCUGGGGUGGCCUUGUGUCCAUGGUGGCGCGUGAGCAGCAGCUUGUCUUCCGCCACCGGCCCAAAGCCGGACGGGUGUUCAUGGCCAUCGCGCAGCACACUCCCUUGGGCCGCCCACCGAUGCAGGCCCCGGACUACUGGACCUCUGAUUCCCGCAAUGGCACUGCAGCCUUCAAGGUCGUGCCUGUGACAGAGGAGGAGAAGGAGUGGCUGCAGCAGCUGCUAGACGGCAGCUACGUGAAAAAGGUCACUCGUGAUCGCCGAGGCGGUCGACUGGCAGAGCGCUUCGAGCUUGUCGCCGCAGUUCGAUCCGAAAAUCCCCACCUAUGGGAUGCAUUCGCAGACCGACGGCACAAGGUCGGCCUCAGUCGCAAUGGCCUACACACAGAUCACAAAGGCCAGGACGUGGUACCCAAAACAGUCCGUGCUUGCCCAGCACUAGCAGCGCGCUGUGUUGACGAGGACGGCAAGAACCCUUCGACCGAGGGGAUCUUCCUCCACGGCACGAACCCGACAUCGGCCGUGGCGAUCCUGAAGAACAACUUCAAGAUUGAUUUAGCUGGCGCCAGCGCAGGAACGAUGUUUGGGCCGGGAGCAUAUCUCGCUGAAGCAUCGACCAAGGCGGACGAGUACGCGCAAGAUGACAAGACCGGCCGCUACAAAGGCCUGUAUGCCAUGGUCGCCUGCCGUGCAGUGAUGGGACGACCCUUCGUUGAGAAGAAUCCCGGUAACUACUCGAAGAAGGUGACCUCAGGCGCAUUUGAUGUUGUUCUUGGUGAUCGCGAGGCCGCAGUGGGGACUUUCCGGGAGUUCAUCUUCUUUCACGAGGAGUCAAUCUAUCCGGAAUACGCGCUGUUUUAUCGGAGAAUCUACGGCGAAGAGCCAUCCGAGACGGUGCUGGAAGAA